UGGGCGGUGGCACUUUGAGUGAGGUCAUUGUCAUGUUGCAUCAGUGGUGGACUCACUGGAAUAUAGUUGUCUGGCAGCAGAAGGUGAAAUCCUAGACAGAAACCUGAACGAAGUGCACGAGAACUUACUUAUCCUUCUUUUAUCUGCCCAACCAAGAAAUAGCCAUCCUACUUUCUAUACUGAGACCAGAUGGAGCCCAUGUCAGUAUCUCCAAAUGGGAGCACGGAGACAGUGGAGGAUGGUCAUACAGCCUCCCUAGAGGGGGCGCUGAUACACAAGGGCCUGAGGCGCAAGAGAGAAUUCAUUCCAGAGGAGAAGAAGGACGUCACAUACUGGGAGAAGCGUCGCAAGAACAACGAGGCGGCCAAGCGCUCGAGGGAGAAGAGGAGGGUAAACGAUUACGUGCUGGAGAGCCGCCUGGCGGCCAUGAACAAAGAGAACGCCCGGUUGAACACAGAACUGCUGGCCCUCAAACUCCACUUUGGCCUGGUGAGUCCUGCGGGCUAUGCUGCCCACCAGAGCAGCCUGCUACGGCUCCACCAUGCCCAUACCCACAGCCCUCAUUCUCCGCCACCCAGCAGCCCAACCCAGCCCCUGGACAAGGACGUCUACUGGGGUAGGAGGCCCAGCUACAGAGACCCCUCUACUUUGCCAAAUUACCACCACCUACCCCCUGUCCUGACUGGACAACUGGCUCCUGCCAUGAUCAAUCCACAUGCUCUACCAACUAGAAGGGCCUAUCCAUACUUCUUAGAAAUCCCUGGUGUUGUCCACCCUGCAAACUCAUCCUCCCUUCUCCUGCCCCCGCUUCUCCCCUCUCCCCUAUUGUCCUGGACGGGGGUUCCCCUGCUGAGGCCCACCCCUAGGAGAGGGGGUUCAGAUGAGGAGGGAGAACAGCAGGUCCCAGCAGCCUCCUCCAGUGCUGCAUUACCGCACAAGCUGAGGCUGAAGACCAUCAGAGCUCCUACUGUCCACAGGGAUGUCAGAGACAGGGCUUCCCCCCCGCUCCCGCUCUAUGUAUCUGACUGACUGACCACAUAGCACAUGGCACAGCAGCACAGAGCAGACCAACCACAGCACUGAGAACAUGAAGGAUCCAUGCUCUUAGCGCUGUAACAUUGACACCAAAUUUACAGAAAUGCGUUAUGUCCAACUUAAAACAGACAUUUGUCUUUUGAUUUAUUUUCUGAAAGUUGUUGCUUCUCAGGUUUCGCCAUGCUUCCUUACUGCCCAAGUUAACUGGAUUAAAUACAAUGUAAUAUACUUUACUGGCAAUCAUGCUGAACUAGCUGGACUUUGGGAUGAAGCUAUGUUUCAUAGUACUGAGGGAGUCUGGGGUGGUGGAUGGAAUUUAUCUUUUUUUUUUAUCGAAUCAAGUGUUUAUGUUACUGUGUGGGGUAAUGUUAUGGUUUUGUUGGCUGGCUGGCUGCCUGGCUGGCAGGCUGGUAUAGCAAGAUAGCACUGUGGUUCUGUGCCUCUCUGGAGUGAGGAGCAGGGCUGUAGCUACACAUGAGGACGCCGAGCUCCAGACCUCUGUAAUUUAAAACAUUUAUAUAUAAAUAAUAAUACUACAUUUAUAAAAUCUGUCGGGGUCUCAACUUAUUGUUGAGAGUUAGAAUAGUAGAACAUACAAGGUGCAAUUUCAAAACUUGGUUGCAGCAGUUUUCCUCUUGGUAUAUGUCACUCACUGACAGUCACUCAAUUAACCCAUGUCAGUUAAAUAUUUUUAGAUUGGUCAAUUAGUCUAGUUAGUCUAGCCAGCUAUCUAAACUUGUAGUAAUCAUGGCUGAAUUACCAAUCGAAAACACAGGGCACGUGCCCAGCUGCCCUGACCUCCACAGAGCCCCCAUUGAUUUUGUUAGUCACUCUCACUCAGAUAUCAUAUUAACCUGGCAAAAGUCAUGGCAAAAUGUGCAGAAUUGCACAAAAUGUCUCCCCACCCAAGGGCAAAAUGUGUAGAAUUGCACAAAAUGUCUCCCCACCCAAGGGCAAAAUGUGUAGAAUUGCACAAAAUGUCUCCCCACCCAAGGGCAAAAUGUGUAGAAUUGCACAAAAUGUCUCCCCACCCAAGGGCAAAAUGUGUAGAAUUGCACAAAAUGUCUCCCCACCCAAGGGCAAAAUGUGUAGAAUUGCAGGAAAUUGGCUGUAAAACUGAAGAGAAAAUGUUUUCUGUAAAGCAAACUUAAUUGUUUACCUUUGUUAAUAAAAUACUUUUCUGCUAACAGAUCGCUCAUGUAUUAAAUUAUAGUUUUUAAUCUCGGUACUGAGUUAGUGUGUAGCGGCUAAUUGUAUAGCUAAUAGCUAUGUGUUUUCAGAGAGACAGGUGGGUGAAGCUACAGAAACCAAUGUGAUAAAUGCUGGGGUUAUUUAUGCCUGUUUUUGCUGUUCUCAAGACUGCACUAAAACUCAGACCCUGACAACAACCCUGGUGAGGAGUAUGUUUUUGGGUUGUGGUUACAGACAUAUUAUUUUUGUCUGCUCUGCCUGCCAGCAUUUCAAAGGUACUUCAUAGACUUUGAGGUGGAGAGAUGGGCCACCUGUGACAUGUUUUCUAAGGGAUAGGUCGAAAUUUACUGGUUGGUCCAGAAUAGGGGAGGGUUGACAAACUUUUUUUU